UUUCGCCGUAAAAUUACAAACGAUUGUGCAAUGAACAGAAUUCAAAUACAAACAAAACAAGUUUAUUUGUAGUGACAGCUCUGAUCUCGUGCGUGAAAAAAUUAUCAUUUUGUUUCUUGUUCUACAACGAAAAGUUGUAUAUAUCUAUUUCGAUUUACUAACCUGCAAAUAAUUUUUAAUCAAACGUCAGAGUAGUGACAGUGAGUAGUUCAAAAUCGAAACGUCACCCUGGUUACCAAUUGUAAGGUUAGAAAACAAAUAGUAAAUAAUAUUUUUAAAAAUAUUUUGUGGAGUUAAUUAAAUAUGUCAAACAAUGCGAAAUCCAUUUUUCUUGAUGUUGACUCCAGUAUCGUCGAACAAAAUCUUAGAAUUAGGAAGAAUUCUGAAGAAGAUGAACUCCACAAGUUGUUAGAACACAAGAGUUAUCCAUCUAAAUUAAUCAAGCCAACACCGGGAUUUUGUAUCAAAACCAGGGAAGUCGAUGAAAAAUCCAAAAUUUUCAUCAACAUCUGCCAAACAGAUUCCAUUCCACCACCGAAAGACAUAACAGCGACGGAACUGCAGGAAAUUUUAGAAUCCGAUGAACCCGGGGAUUACCGCGUGCCUAUGAGCAUUGGCGAGAUACGAACGGAAAGCGAUAAAAAGGGAGAAAAUGCCAAAGUUUGCGAUGUCGCUAUUAAUCCCUCGUUUUACAAAAAGGUCGUGGAAAUAACAACCUUUAAAAACUUCUUUCUUGCCAUUGUAUUUCACGGUAUUCAAGACAAAUACAAUAUACAAUGCGUAGAAGAGAAAAUUAUUUUAAAAAACAAAAAAUGUUUUGGGACUCUUCAAAUGCAUAGGAUACAAGACCGGGAAAUACAGCAGAAAAUGGCAGAGGCAAACGAAAACGAAACUCCCAUAUUUCCUAACGUUGGAGAUCAAAACUUGCCCAAGAAAAAUCUGAUAGAAACAUUAUCUUCCACGGAAAAUGUAGUUAGAGAGCCCGUUUAUAGAAUGUACAAGAAGAAAGAUGGCCAGAAUUGUUUGUACGGGGAGUUCAAAUUACCCGAUGUGAUAUCGAUAAAAGAGCUCACGCUUGAUGUUGGUGAAGAUCGCAUUCUUUUGGAAUCCAAAACUCGAGGAUAUCUUUUAGACGUAUUUAUACCAUAUAUUGUGAAGCAAAAGACCUGUUCCGCAGACUUCAAUAAGUCAACAAAGAUUCUGACUGUCACGAUGCCUCUGGUGGGCGGCUAAAGGAUUUUAAUUUAAGUUACUAUAAUUAGAUUGUAAAUUGAUUAAUAUGGUCCUGUAAUUUAGAUGAAUAAAUAGUUUCAAUAGU